AGGAAGAACAUGGAGCGCUUGGCAUCUUUCAGCAAUGAUCCUUUUGACAAGCCACCGUGCCGAGGGUGUUCCUCCUACCUUGCAGAACCUUACAUCAAGUGUGCCGAAUGUGGGCCACCUCCCUUCCUGCUGUGCUUGCAGUGUUUCACAAGAGGGUUCGAAUACAAGAAACAUCGCAGCGAUCACACCUAUGAAAUUAUGACUUCCAAUUUCCCAGUCCUUGAUCCUACCUGGACAGCUCAGGAAGAAAUGGCCCUGCUAGAAGCUGUGAUGGAUUGUGGCUUUGGAAACUGGCAAGAUGUAGCCAAUCAGAUGAGCACAAAGACUAAAGAGGAGUGUGAGAAACAUUAUAUGAAACACUUCAUCAACAACCCCCUCUUUGCUUCCACAUUGUUAAGUCUGAAGCAGGCAGAAGAAAACCAACUCACUGACACAGCCAUUCCCUUUUACCCAUCUGAAGAUCCUCCACGCCCUACCUUCGAUUCUCUGCUCUCCAGAGAUAUGGCUGGAUACAUGCCGGCAAGAGCAGACUUCAUUGAGGAAUUUGACAACUAUGCUGAAUGGGACUUAAGGGAUAUAGAUUUUGUGGAAGAUGACUCAGAACUUUUACAUGCUUUGAAGACUGCUGUUGUAGAUGUCUAUCAUUCUAGGUUAAAGGAAAGGCAACGAAGGAAAAAAAUUAUAAGAGACCAUGGACUCAUCAAUCUCAGAAAGUUUCAGAUUCUAGAAAGAAGAUAUCCAAAGGAGGUUCAAGAUCUUUAUGAAACCAUGAGGCGUUUUGCAAGAAUACUAGGACCAAUGGAGCAUGACAAAUUCAUUGAAAGCAAUGCAUUGGAAUUUGAGCUGCGAAGGGAAAUCAAACGGCUACAGGAAUACAGGAUAGCUGGCAUCACUAAUUUUUGCAGCGCGAGAACGUAUGACCGCCUCAAGAAGAUCCGGGAAGAGGAGCGUCUGAAGCGCACCAUGCUUUCUGAAGUCCUCCAGUACAUUCAGGACAGCAAUGCCUGCCAGCAGUGGCUCAGCCGGCAAGCUGAUAUUGACUCUGGCCUGAAUCCCACAAUGCCGGUUAUGUCAAAUUCAGGUAGGAGGAAUGCCCCGCCACUGAACCUGACCGGCCUUCCAGGCACGGAGAAACUGAACGAGAAGGAGAAAGAGCUCUGUCAGGUGGUCCGACUGGUCCCCGGAGCCUAUUUAGAAUAUAAAGCCGCUUUAGUCAACGAGUGUCACAAGCAAGGAGGCCUGAGGCUGGCCCAGGCACGGGCCCUCAUCAAGAUCGACGUGAAUAAAACGAGAAAGAUCUACGACUUCUUGAUCCGAGAAGGAUACAUCACCAAAGCCUAGCAGAGAAGCUGUUCUCCUUGGGACAUUCUCUGUGUUA